AUGGUGAUGCGGACCAGUUACUUGCCCGAAGAUUUGCUCAGAGACAUUCUCUUGAGGCUACCGGUCAAGCACCUCGUUCGUUUAAGGUUGGUAUGCAAAUCUUGGUCCACCUUACUAAAAAGUCGUGAUUUUACGACCACCCGCCUCAACCGCUCUGCCAAUCACGGCGGUCACCUACUUGUUUACCGUAAACGAUGUACAAGCCAUUCGCUGAGCUUGAUAUCGGUCAAAGCACUCAAUGUGGCGGUCAAGAUAGAAACUCCAGAAAAGAUAGGAAGUCCAGGAAAAGGAAUGGUGGUGGGUUCUUGCAAUGGUUUAGUCUGUUUAUAUAAUGGCGGGAGGAAUAUUACGUUAUGGAAUCCUGCUACUGGAGAAGACAAGAUUCUACCUCCACUUGGCAUCAACCCCAAGUCUCGGGCCAACCUCAACAGCGUAGGAUUUGGUUACCAUCUUAAUGAUUACAAGGUGGUGAGAAUUUUGUAUUCGCGCGGUGAACCUCUAGAUCGUCCUGCCUCAACCCAAGUUGAGGUGUACUCAACGAGUACAGGUUGUUGGAGAGUAUUCGAUGCCAUUGUGCCCUGUUUUAUCAAUAAUCUUAACUCUUCGGUAAUCUUGAAAGGAGUGCCCUAUUGGAUUGGUCAUUCGUACAAUACUUUUCGUUAUACUUAUAGGGAAUGUGUCAUAUAUUUUGACAUGGGCAAGGAGGUGUUUCAGCAGAUGCACACGCCGCCAGACGCGGAAGGUUCUUACAAGAAGCUCGGGGUAUGGAAUGAAUCCCUGGCUUUAAUCCGCACUCAAUUGGUGGUGAGCGAUUGCGUUGACAUUUGGGCGAUGAUGAAAGAUGAUGAUGGGGUUGACGAGCGUUGGAUCAAAGUGACGAGGAUUAAUUCACCCUGUCCAAGUUUUGGGAUGCUGCUGGGGUGUUGGGGAGAUGGCGUGCUCGUAUGGCAGAAUGAUCAUAACUAUAAGUUGUUGGUGUAUGAUCAUAAUAUCAAAGCAGUAAACAAACUUUCACCUGAUGCUGGGGUGGAUCGCACAUGCUCGCAUAUUUCUACCUGCAUUUUUACUUACAUGGAGAGCCUCGUUCCUCUGUGA